UGUCACUCAAAAAUUCUGAAUGUCAAAAUUUCAUGUUCUUUCUCGUGUUGUUUUGUUGUAAUUUGUGGGACUUAUUUAUAAGAUCUACUUCACUGCAUACUUGGUCAUUGGUGUAUUAAUGCAAUUUAAUUUUACAACAUGGCAGAUGCAAAUGCGAAAGAGCAAUCCGUUACUAAAGUGCCUAUGAUUUAUGUUUGUGGAGAAUGCCAUAGAGAAAAUGAAAUUAAGCCCAGAGAUCCAAUCAGAUGCAGAGAAUGUGGUUAUAGGAUCAUGUACAAGAAACGAACAAAAAGAUUGGUGGUCUUCGAUGCCCGAUAAUUAUGGAUAUUUAAUAGAUAAGCUUCUAAUGUAAGAAAAAAAUAAACACGUAAGUUCCCAAGUCUA